GUGUGUGUGUGUGUCGGCAUCUCGAGGGCAGCGGCUCUAUGAGGGGAGGUCCAUGUCCGCCGAGCUGCUCGGGAUUUGUACGCUAAACAUUUAGGCCUAGAGACAUGGAGAGGAGCAGUUGUUUCCCGCACGACCACAGUAGCCUGCUAAAUAUGUACCGGUUCGAAAUGACACGUUUUAGCAAUGCUUGCUGUUUGGACCGCUCCAACCCGGUUAAAGGAGCAGUUCUGAUAUUUUAUCCGACCGCCCCCUUGUCAGCUUCAGGCCGGUGUGAGGUUUCCCUUCUUGGUCCCUGUUUCCUCUGUACAAGCAACACUCUCCCAGACAUACAGAGCUUCAAUGCUGCAAGGAGUUCUGCUUAUGGAAAACCUUUCGCCUCAACUGCCUGACUGAUGCUACAGCUUGCUCCUCUGUCUGUUGCUGGCUGUGAUCUGAAGGCCAGAGGACCCAAAUACAGGACUACACUGAAGAAAAGGCUUUAAAUAUAUUACUGUUUGAUCAGUUGACUGUAAUCAUGUGUGCCACAGGCUAUAGUUACUACCGUCUAGUCAUCUUCCUCUGCAUGUUCACUGGCUACUCACUGUAUUUCUUUAACAGGAAGACAUUCUCUUUUGUCAUGCCCUCUGUGAUGGAGGAGAUAGAACUGGACAAAGAUGACCUGGGUAUGAUCACCAGCAGUCAGACCAUGGCCUAUGCCAUCAGUAAGUUCAUCAGCGGCGUGAUGUCGGAUCAAAUCAGUGCCCGCUGGCUUUUCUCCAUCGGCCUCUUCUUGGUAGGAGGCAUCAACGUAGCCUUCUCUUGGUCUUCGACAGUAUCCAUGUUCUCACUGCUCUGGUUCAUCAACGGUCUGGGACAGGGCUGUGGGUGGCCCCCAUGUGGGAAGGUGCUUCGAAAGUGGUAUGAGCCAUCCCAGUUUGGAACAUGGUGGUCUGUGCUCUCCUGCAGCAUGAACCUGGCUGGUAGUCUGGGUCCUCUCCUGGUCACGGUGCUCCUGCAGUACUACGACUGGAGGACAAUUCUGGCCAUGUCUGGCAUAUUCUGUGCUGCUUUCUCAUUCGUUUGUCUGGUAUUUGUAAAGAAUGAGCCAAAGGACGUGGGGCUUCCCAGCAUCGAAGCUACAGCUAAGAAGGGUGCGAAAGGAGCCAACAGCGAGAGCACCCUGAGCGAAUUCCUCCUCUCUCCCUUCCUGUGGGUUCUGUCUCUGGGCUACUUGGUCGUGUUUGGGGUAAAAACGGCUGCCACUGACUGGGGACAGCUGUUCCUCAUGCAGGAGAAAGGCCAAACUGCUCUCAUGGGCAGCACCUACAUGAGUGCAUUGGAGGUGGGGGGUUUCGUUGGCAGCCUCUCAGCAGGUUUAAUUUCGGACAGAGCCGUAGCCAAGAAAGGCUUGAGCACUCAUGGCAACCCCCGUCACGGCCUGCUCAUUCUGAUGAUGGCUGGCAUGUAUGUGUCCAUGUAUCUGUUCAGAGUGACCAUCACACCUGAAAUACCAAAGGAGGCUCCUCUUUGGGUUCAAGUCCUCCAUCCAGUGUCUGUUCUGCUUGGAGUGUCAGAGAAAGAGAUUUGGAUUCUCUUCCUUGGUGCCAUGUUUGGGUUUUCUUCUUAUGGACCUAUUGCCUUGUAUGGAGUGAUAGCAAGUGAAAGUGCUCCUUCUAAUUUCUGUGGAACGUCUCAUGCGGUUGUUGCGCUGAUGGCAAAUGUGGGGGCUUUCAUGGCAGGGCUUCCCUUUAGCACCAUUGCCAAGCAGCACAGCUGGGACAUGGCCUUCUGGGUAGCUGAAGUUUUAAUGGGCAUCACCACCAUCGCAUUCUUCCUGGUGCGUAACAUGCGUACCAAAAUGGGACGGAUUGCAGAGAAAAUGGACUAGUGCCCACUGUCGCACGACAAUUUACAGAAUACAGCACAAUGACUGAACUGGAGUUUUAUUAAACAGAGUACUGUCAAACACAUUUUAAUCUGAAGGUGUCUUUCCAUCAUAAAAAGCUUUCUAGAUACUCUUGAGGGCUGUAACCUAAUCACUUUAUAUUUGUAAUGAGAUAGUCACUUAUGCAAAGAUUUAAUCUUCACCAGCACGCAGUAGGUCUACAUCAUGAAAAUAAAUAUAUUCAGAUAUAUUUAUUUUAUAUAUACAUUGCAUAUAGAGCAUACUUAAAGAUUCCUCUCAAUUCUUUACACAUCUUUCUAAUGUGAAGAAUUUUUAAGUUGCUUGAUGACGGAUGCAUUUUUAAGAAAACCACAUACAUGUCUUUAAUGAUCUGCUGCUUUUUCCCAAGACAAAUUGUUUGUGCUGCUAGACUUCACCUAAAGAAUGUUGCUAAACAUCACCUAGGGUUUUAGUCAGAUGUUUAGAGUCACUCAUUAUGGACAUGAAUGUCCUAUAGAUUAUGGGCUUCAACUUUGCUUCAACACAACUAAAUCAAAAAAUAGGUCAUUUUUGGGUCUCUUUACAUGAUUCCAUGCAGAGGUGAUAAUUCAGCCAUUUAAUAUGCAUAUUUUGGACCAGCAAAACAUCUAAAACCUGCAGUAGCCUCUGAGGACUGGAAUUUGAGACCCUUCAACCAAGGUGCUUAAAACAUUCAAAUCUGGUUUGGAAUAAUUAAUGCAGAGCAAAAUUAAGGUUCUCGAAUGGCUUUCUCCAAACCCCUACCUUAACUGAAAAUUUAUGAUUUAUGUUUAAAAGCUGGGUUUUGUCAGGAAACCAAGCAGUUUAAAUGAGCUCCACCAAAUCCUGCUAAGAACAUUGGCCACAUAUCCAGUCGCAAGCAGGAUCUAGUUGAAAGCUACCAAAAGCAUGUGACUGAGGAGCACCUUGCUGACAGACAUUUAAUCAGAUACCAGUGUUGGUGUAUUUGAUCCCGGGUGGACUACAGAAAACGCACGAUAAAGGUUUACAUGUGUAACCUAUUUUAAAAAAGUCAUUUUAGUUGUAUAAUCAUCCAGUUUGGGAAAAGAAUGGUUCAAAUAAAUAAUAAGAAGCCCAAAAUGAAAACAGUCAUGCCUAUGAUUGGUGAAUGUAAACUUCUGACUGAAGUUGUUUAUACUACAUAAUCUGACAUCUGUGUUGUGUAGGGUAUUUGUUUUAACAGUGGAGUCUGUCUCAUCAUUCAGUUCUUCAAGACCUCUUUGUAAAACCCAGUAGAUUCCAUAUUUAACAGGUAUGUUGUAAACAUUUCAUUUGGUUUUUAAAAUUUGUUGGAUGAACCCCAAAAUGAUCCAGUCUUCUGAGGUCAGUUCAGCUUCCUGAGCUGACAUGUUUUUUUUUUAACAAAAGGGGCAUAUUUAUUACUCAACAGGUGAUUUUCCUUCCAUUAUGGUGGUCUACAGAAGUUACAUCAAUCCAUUCAUCUCAUCUUAAAAUGAAGUCUUUUGAUAAAUUUCAUUAAGAUCUACACAGACGUAUUUCUGUCUUUCUGUAAGUUUGUAUUAACAAACUUGAGAUACAUUAAACUCUAAAGAAUAAAUUAAAGGAUACAUGUCAA